AUGACCGAAAACGAGGAUCUGCUGGCCAAGAUCGGCCAACUUGCAGGUCAAAUCAAUCGACACAAGUCCUCAGAAACCCACCCAACUAACUCACACUCCCAAUAUGUAUCUCGCCAUGCCCCAACACACCAAGGAUGGGCCCCCUACUAUCGAGGUCGUGGCCGAGGCCGCGGUCGAGGAACAGGAGCUCCACACAGACACCGUACCCUUGUCUUGAACAACACAGGCUCUGGAUCAACUACGGGCGCCAGUCCUUCGACCACCCCGACAAAUGACUUCCAAGGUCCCACUCCAACCUCCGCAACCUCAACCGGCAACGGAUGGAUUGCCAAGCGCGACCGCCACAUGCAGCUGAUCAACUCUACUGUCUAUGAAAAAGAGACACAAGCAAGAUCCAGGGCGAUGGAAGAGACGCGCAAGUUCAGGGAGCAGCAAAAAGCAGAGCGCCAACAAGCCAAGGUACUUCGCUACGCGCAGGGCCCUGGCGGCGUUGCUGCAGUCUCCACGGCUGCGCACUCUACAGGCGGCCAUGAAAUCAUGGUCAAUGAUGUUGCCUUCAGAGUUGGACGAGGCGGCAGCAAACUGACCCGUAUCUUGAAUGACCCCAGCACUGCCAACAACACGCCCAAGCGAGUCACAGUUGCCGGUGUGCCCUUCGUGCGCAGCAAAAAUGGAAAUCUGCACCGUCUUGGUGCUGUGACCUCGAAGAAGCCCAACACCGUUAAGAAACGCGACGAGCUUUGCAAAAGAUUCUCUACGACCGGCACAUGCUACAAAGGCCCCACUUGCCUCUUCACCCACGAUCCCAGCAAGGUUGCCAUUUGCAAGGACUUCCUUCAAACAGGCCAGUGUGCCGCAGGUAGUAGCUGUGAUCUAUCCCAUGAACCCUCACCUCACCGUUCCCCUACUUGUAUGCACUUCCUUAGAGGUCGUUGCGCCAACCCGGAGUGCCGCUACGCCCACAUCCGAGUGACACCCGGUGCCCCCGUCUGUCGCGCAUUUGCAACUUUAGGAUACUGCGACAAAGGCGACUCUUGUGAAGAGAAGCACGUCCAUGAGUGUCCUGACUAUGCUAAUGCCGGCGCUUGCAAUAAGAAGCGUUGUCAGCUGCCGCAUGUUGACCGCGCGGAUCAAAUCCGCAAGGCCGCAGCAGCAGCUGCCGCCGCCGAUCAGGGCGAUGAUGAGUCCGAUGCUUCUAGUGAGGAGGAGGCAUACGACGCUAUUGACUCUGAUGAUGUUGACUCAGACGAGUUUGACGAUUCCGAGGAAAUUCUAGAAGGCGUGGAUAGCGGCGAAAUGUCGCAGCAGAAAGACUUUAUUGCUUUCUGA